AUGGGGAGACUCUUUGACAAUAUUUCUGUGGAAGUCGGCCACCAAAGCUUAGGCCAAAAAUGGGUGCCUUUGUCGGCGGCGGCAUCGUCAACAUUAUCAUUUUCAUGUUCAUCAUUGUCAUGUUCUUCAUCAAUGAUUGUCUCAGCUCCAUCUUCAUCAUCUGUUGCUUCUUCCUCCUCACCUUCUCUUCCAAUCUCUUCUUCCUUGUCUGAUGGUUCUGCGGCUGCUUGUUGGUUGGCGGCAGGUUGGUUUGCAGGGAGGAAAAACGAUCGCAGUGAAAGGCUGCCUGCGGCAGCUGCCUCAUCCUCUCUCCUUUUCUUCUCUCCUUGA